GAAGUUGUUGCCUCUGUAGCCCCGGGUCAGCUCUGGCUGGUGAGCAGUUAGUCAACCAAACAACUAAGUGCAGCGCAAAUGAGGAACUAUAUUGGCACCGCCCCAACAUGCAGUGAUAGAGUCCACGGAAUGCAAUAUGACAGCCAGUGGAAAUGUGUACCAAAAUAAACCGGAAAACAGCCAAAUAUUCAGCAGUUUCACUCUGAUGAUGCAGAAAUAACUUAUAUUGUGAGAAAUAUGAGUGAGAUACAGACAGAUAGAGAAAGAGAGUGUGUGUGUGUCCCCGCAAGUGCAUGACUGCAGAUAGAGGAUUACUUAAUACAUUUGGUACAGUACAAAUUUAUUAUUCUCUAACAAGAAUAAUAUUGACAGUGACUUUGAAGUUUUGGCUUGCUAAGUCAUCAUCAGACUGUAAUUAAUAAAUCUAUUACUAUCUGAAGCAGUUCAACAUCCAUAACUACCAAUUUCUUAUAAGCGCUACCUUCAAGACUAUUACAGUUGUCAACCAGGAGUAUUCCAUCUUUCUAUGUAUCAGGAAUUUUCAUGAGGAUGCUGAUUUCUUUGCCACGGUUGUUUCCUAAUCUUUCAGUAUUCUUUUAAUUAUACUGCCCAAUUCUCACUCACUGAAGAAUAUGCUCAGUAUAUUGAUAUAUGAGGCAGAAUACCGGCAUUAUGCAUUAAAAAGGUUGUUUUCUAAUUUGAAAGACAUUCACCGAUAACAUUGGCACAUGUUGUACGCUACAGAAGCGACAACAUGGAAACUAUUUUGCAGAUAUCUCUUUCCUGGUUAAUUCUUGCUUGCAUAUUACAAUCUUUACUAUUGUACAUACCCACAGUUGCUGGUUAUUCCAACGAUACAAUAUUAUUAAAAUAUGUCCCUGCCUCUAAGACAUUCAUUCAGUCUCAUGGCUUAAUGCAUAUUCCAGUCAAGAGAACUCGGACCAAUUUAGAGAUAUCACCUUUAGGCUCCAACAGAAAAAUUGGACGGCUUAAAAAACAAGAGUUAAAAAUCUCACAAACAUCUGCUGCAGAAUUAAAAUGUAGAUAUAGAAACAUCCUUUACAAAUUAUUCUCUACCAAAAAUCUACCAAUCAGAAGCAUAAAAUAUAACUGCUUUGAUACAGUUUCCAACACACGACAACCAAUUGAUGGUUAUUCUCUGCAGUUGCAUUUGGGACGUUUUAAGCGGUCUGCUAACAGUUUACGAACUCAAGCCAAUAAGAGGGCAAAAAGGAAAUCUGCUAAAGAAAAAAAUGUUUCCUCUAACAAUACUCUAUCCACUAACAACAGUCUCCCCAACCCAACUCUUAAAAUUACUAAACCAACAAAAACUGCUGCUUCCUCCAGCCAUAAUCCACGCCGUAAGACAAAAAAACAAACAGAAGCUGCUACUUCCUCAGGCCGUAAUCGGCGGCGUAAGACUACAAGACCAACAAUAGCUGCUGCUUCUUAUGUUCGUAAGCCCCGUUCUAAGAUUAUACAGCCAACAGCAGCUGCUUCAUUAAUCUAUAAUCCACGAUCCAAGGUUAUAAAGCCAACAACAGCCACCUCGUUAAUCCAUAAUUCUCGAUCUAAGAAUAUAAAGCCAACUGCAGCUGCAUCCUUCGUCCAUAAUCCUCCUGAUAAGAUAACACCAACAUCAGCCACCAGUUUUAUUAAAACUACAAUGAUUACAGAUGUUGACACUAAAAGUAUUCCUUACAAAACACACCAGCCAACAUCUUUCUCUUCAUUGCCAAAGAUUGUUUCUUCAUCAGUUCCAUUACCCCAGAGUUCCAUCACAGCUUCAAAAUCAGAAGCUAUUCUUUUGUCUUCCAGUCACAAAACAGCUUCAACUUCUUUGUUUGUUCAACCAACAUCAUCAGCUUCUCAAAGUAAACCUUCAAUGGCAAUGGUGACUCCCAUUUAUAAUUCCUUACCAUUAAAUACAUUCACCACUUCCACAAAUAUUCACCCUGUAACUAGUUCCAAGUUUGAACCUAUUGGAUUGACUUCACAUCUUUUGCAUUCUGGUAGCGAAGGGCCUCUUAUGACCAAAAUGCCAACGCCAUUUAUAACCUUACAACUGAAGAAUGACUCAACUGAUACCAACACUCAACCCAAAAUUGAAAACUCCCUUUACUUGACCCCAACUGAUGCCUCGUCAAAUCGAUGGUCAAAGAAGAAUGUAUCACUUCUAAGUAAUCAGCUACGCACUGCAUCUCUGUCAACUUCAAACAUUGUUCUACUGUUGAACAAUUCUUUAUUGGCUACCUUAGACACCAAACAGAGUUCCUUGGCAGUUCAGACAACCACAGUCCCCAAUCCAAAUUUAUCCUCAAAGACCCUCAAACUUGAUUCAACAACAAAAACACUUUCCAGCAAUAAUUCAAGACCACUGACAAAACCUGUCAUUGAAGAAACUACGGUUAUGUCUAAAUCUCCUCUUUCUCCCACUAACAGUCUAUACAAAUCUUUUACUCUUCACCCAAAUACAGUUUCCAGCAGUCAGUUAUACACACUGCUGCAACCAACACCAAAUACUGGUUCUAAUUCAACUAAUUUCAGUCAGACAUUUCCAAGUUCUAAAUACAAGUUUGUUGUCAGCACAAACGGGGCCUCUGUUGAAAGUAAGGCAACAGCUUCACCCACUGCUGACUGGACUAAAAGCACAUUAGAAACCAAAUCCAAUACCUUUACAACAACAAUCGCAACAAUAUUCAAGCCACUGAUUACUUCAACGUCUGACCCUUCUCCUACAAACGUCAGUGUAAAAGAAAGUAAGGGCCCUCAAAACUCUUACAUAAUUGUCCCAGAUUGGAAAGUAGCCAAGCAGGAGUGGAAAGCAGCUUGGCAUGUUCACAUUUAUACUUUUGGUUCUCUGUUUGCUCUUCUUGCCAUUUAUCUGUUGAUCUGUUUACUGCGACUGCGACAUACUAUACACUUACUAAACAACUAUUACUUUGUUGCAGUAAAUCUGCUCCUCUUUACAUUUUGUCUGCUAAGAGCUCUUUUCUUGCUGGUUGAUGGUUACAACUCUGACCACACAUACCAUUAUCUCAUAGGAUUCCUCUUAUUUUACUUGGCAUUUCCUUGCCUUACAUCAGCAUUUGCAUUAAUCUUUUAUGCCUUCCUUAAAACUGCCAAAGUUUAUUAUUUGUCAUCCAAAUUCCAGUGUUUGCCCUUAUUAAUUACUAUUAUAGUCGUUCAUUAUCUCCUGCCCAUCACUGCUGCAAUACUCAUCGGACUCUUCCUUACUGUCAAAACUUUUUUGUUUGUCUGCCAAAUUUUCUUUGUGCUCUGGGGUCUUUUUCUUUUCUUGGGUUACAUAUAUGUUUACAAAAAAUUGCAUUUUGCUGCUGAGAAAAGACAAAAACUCCUGCUUCAACUCCGUGAAGCCAAAAUCCACAUGGACAACUACACAAUAUACAAGGAACGACUCACCCUCUGCCUUGGUGUAACUGUUGCUCUUUUUAGUUCCAUUAUUGGUACAUUUUGUACAUGUCUACAAGUAUAUUCAGCUCUGUACUUCUUGGGCAUUUUCCCAAAUGAACUUCCAAGACCAUGGCCCUGGUGGGGUUAUCAAACUGCUGUUCGCUUCUUUGAAUUCUUGUUUUGUAUAAUAACUACUUAUAUAAGCACGCUUCCCUUUAAGCAUCGUAGCAAAUAUGGCUGCGACCCUUGGUUUUACUGUUCGUCUUACACAUGGUUGUGUCGCAAGGAAAACAUGUGGAAUUCUCAUAAAGACAUCAGCUGGACCAACAUGGACGAAAACAUAAGUAGCAUUGGAAUUUCAAAAGAUACACGGCGCAAAGAAAUCAAAGCUGCUGGUUAUGAAAUAAUUCCAUUAACAAUUUCUCUGAGUCAAGAAGGUGAAAACUUAGCAUUGGAUGAGCCUGAUUCAAUGCUUAUUGUUCAAAAUGGUUUUGUCCGUUUCCGUACUGAUGAAGAACUGGAAGAGUUGCGUCAAAGUCCAAGAGUACCAAGAAUGCAUGCUGUAGCACCAAUACCUGUCUCAAUUCCCAAAGUUCCCAAAACUCUUCAGUGGAGCAACAGUAACAGCAGUAAGUGCCACCAAAACAAUGGCUUUCAGUCAAAGGAUGCCCUUCUUGGUAGUGGCUCAUCUCCAGAGUGUUUGUCAUCAUCAACCUCUCCGUCAUCAUCCCAAUUCAAUCGCGUGAGUACUGCCGGAAGUGAACUUACAUUUAAGGCGCCAUCACUGAGUUUGGCCAGCAGCAUUGACAAGGAACUGGAGCAUUUUUUUCGCCACUCAAGUCACAGGUCUCUUUCUAGCGUCACAUCUGCUGAUGUGCUAGCAAUUAACGAGGACACGUCUAGUGAGAAUUCUGUCUUUCAGGCUGAUGACAAUGCUGACGGCAUAGAAACCGGUGACGACCACUCCAAGCGGAUACCUUCCUUCUUUCUGACGGAGGAACCUGAUGACAGUUUAAACACGACAUCCUGUAGUAGGAAGGAUAAUCUAAAUUUAACCAGCUACUCCUUUCAUAAUUCAAAUCCCCAAAUCACCAACAUUUAAACUUUUUUUCUUUUCAUAAAACAACAAUAAUAAUAAUAAUAAAGCAAUGAUGAUGAUGAUGGUGAUGCACAAAUGAAACAAGGUAAAAAUAGAUCGUUUGAGAAAGAGGAAGGUAAUGUUUGUGGUAUAGUGACUGAAAAAGAGAGAGUGGUGGUCAGGGGUGGGGAGAAGGAGUUAAUGAGAGAAACAAGAAAGAAAGUGGAAAGAAAAGAUAAACUAUGAUGGCUGUGAAUAAUUUUUUUUUUUUUUAAUUCAAUGAAAAAGACAGAUUACAUUAUGAAGUUUCAUGUAUGGUUGAGAUUUUCCAAUAACUGUUUUUUUUUUAAAUAUAAUUACAUGUGCAUGUGUGCGCACACACACACACACUCACUCACUCUUUCAUAUGUAGAUAUAUAUAUAUAUAUAUAUAUAUAUAUAUAUAUAUAUAUAUAUAUAUAUAUAUAUAUAUACAUAUAUGUAAUAUAAGUAAAUGGAUUCCCAUUGAUUUCUAUGGGGUUAUUCCAGUUGUUUUAUCAGUGAAACUACUUAUUCACUGAAUUAUGGUGUUAGUGGCUGAAUAUUCCACAUACAUUUGUCCCGUUAAUUUAAUCCUCAGACAAGAUCAGGGUUGCAUGACAUGUGGCAUGACUGACCCCUUUUCAGUUACCAGUCCAUUCAGUUCAUUUACCAAAGUUUCACACAUACAGUCUCCAUUAUACCCAGUCAUCUUAUUCACAAGACUAGGGUUGACUUGAGGCCCUGGUAGAAACUUGUGCUGCACAGUGGUAUUGAACCUGAAACUUCAUGAUUGAAAAACAAAUUUUUUAAUCAUUGAACUAUGUACACAUAAAGAAAUCACACAUGUGUGUGACCACAGAAGUGCAUGCAUAGACAUGCACUUCCAUGUACACAUACAGACCUGCAUACACUUGCAAACAUGCCCACAAAUUUAUAUUGAGGUUAUAAUUCCCAUUUACAAAGCCUUCUAUAAACAAUGCUUUUUCAUUCAUCUUGGCAUUUAUUCUAUGUGAUGUUAUAUAGGGUCGCAUCCAUAUAUGGUCAGCAUCUAAGUAUUUUUAGAAUUGAUGGUCUUAGCCUCUAAUUACACAAAUGUGUAGGUACAUAAUGUAUGGGUGCCUCUGUGUAUGUGUGUGUAGUCAAAUCAAAUAAACAAACAAUAAAAUUAACAAUAACAAACAACAAGAGGACAAGCAUAAGAAAUGUAAUAGUUUGACGCUUGGUAAAAAGAGAGAGUUUUUGACGUUUUGAGCAUAGAUCUUCGUCAGAAAGGAAAAAGGGAAAUGUCCAAAGAAGGAAAAGAAAUCAUCAACAGCAUGUAUAUGUGUGUGGGUGGAUCUCUAUGUGUGUGUAUAUAUAUAUAUAUAUAUAUAUAUCCACACACACACACACACACACACACAGAGGAUGUUUGGGCUAAAUUUGACAGUUGAACAAAAGGAAGAAAAAAAUCAAUAUUCCAUCCAAAAAUAAAAGUACUUUUAAGAAAUCAAAAAAUAUCAACUAGAUUAUGGCUGGGAAAUAAGUUUCCUCAAAGUAGCCAUCCUCACCUUCAACCAUGGCCCUCAAGACGGCUCUGGAAGCUAGUACAUGCAUUCCUCACUGUGCCCUUGGGAAGAUCUUCAAACACCACCUUGAUCUUGGCCACCAGCUCAGCCUUGGUGUUGCAGACUGAGCGGAUUGGUGUCCCACACAAUAUUUCAUGGGAUUACAAAUGGAGGAAUUAGGUGGUUAGAAAUUGGGGCUGGCAAAGUCAUAGAAAUACUCUAGCAACCACUUCUCACUCUUUCUGGCAGUAUGACAAAGAACCAAAUCCUGCUGCCACACAUAUGGUUUUCCAGCAGCAACCUUCACCAGCCAGAGUUUGACCACAGUCUCCAGUAGCUUCAUGUAGCUGUCUGAAUUGAGCCUUAGACUCUGUUCAAAGAUGUAGGGUAGCAUGGCAUCAUCCUCACUGGAAACAGCCAAUGACCACCACAGUCUGGGGGAACUUGGUUUUCAUGAUUGGUACGUCACCUGUUGUUCUGGAUGUUGUGCAAAUGUUCCAGACAAAAGUUCUUUUCAUCUGAGAAGAACUAGAUCAUCUCUGACUCAACAGGAUGGCUCAGCUUGUUCAGGAACUUCUUUGUAUCUGUCAAGUGGGUCUCCUUGAUCUUGAUCGUCAGAAUUUUUCCCUUGUACCUCUUGUACAAGUGGUAGUAAAAGUCCUCGUUCAGGGCCAUCUUCAUGGUAGCGACUCCAGCACUCAUCUCCCUCACCAAAGCCCAGAAUCCCUUGCUCAGAUCUUCCAUCACCUUAUCCUGUGGUUGUUGGAUGAAUCCAGGCAUGCAAGACACAGAGUCAAAAUCCCUGCUAUAUCCCUACCUGCAGGCCAUGGUUUCCAUAGUCUUCAUUGCAGCUGUUCAUGUCAUGUUUUACAGCCUUGACAAUGUUCACGAGCAUGGAGUAGCCUUAAUGAUGUCAGCAUUUAGACACCCAGCAUGAAUCAUCUUGAUACAGGCAAACCUUUUUCAAUAUUCAUAUGGCUUCCAGUCCUCCAUAUCAGCCAACUUUUUCUCAUGCCCCCCCCAACACCAUUGACUGCUCACCAAUGUAUCAAGCUGUUCCAGAAAAAAAGGAGACAUUUAAAAAAUCAUCAAAUUUAACCCAAACAGCCUGCUAUGUCUGCUUGUAUUGUAUAAGACACCCAAGUGCUCAAUAUUCUACUGCAGACAAUCUCAUAGAACUUAGUGUAUACAUUUAGUACCUGUAAUUACUUCUGUAUCUUGCACUGACAAUGAUGCCCAAACAUUUUCUGCAGACUUGCUGUCGAAGCAGUUGAAAAGUAAAAGACAUUUUAUAUAUGUAUAUCUUUUAUUUUUUUACCUGUUUCAGUCAUUAGACUGUGACCAUGCCGGGGCACUGCCUUGAAAGGUUUUUAGCUAAAUAAAUCACCCUUAGUACUUUUGUUUUUUUAAGCCUUGUACUUUAUUCUAUUGGUCU